AUGAAGAUCUUCAAAGACGUUAUUUCCGGUGACGAAUUGUUAUCCGAUGCUUACGAAGUUAAGUUAAUUGACGGUGCCGUCUACGAAGCUGACUGUGCCAUGGUCAAUGUUUCAGGUGGUGGAGAUGUUGACAUCGGUGGAAACCCAUCAGCUGAAGAUGCUGCUGAAGACCUCGAAGACGGUGUUGAAACUGUCAACAACGUUGUCUACUCCUUCAGAUUACAACAAACCCAAUUCGACAAGAAGUCCUUUUUGACUUACGUCAAGGGUUACAUGAAGAAGGUUAAGGCUUACUUGGCUGAACACAACCCAGAUGAAAUUGAAGCUUUCGAAAAGGGUGCCACUAAGUACGUUAAGAAGGUCAUCGCCAACUUCGGUGACUGGGACUUCUACACUGGUGAAUCCAUGGACCCAGAUGGAAUGGUUGUUUUAUUGAACUACCGUGAAGACGGUACCACUCCAUUCGUUGCUAUCUGGAAGCACGGUGUUAAUGAAGAAAAGAUCUAG